AUGGAGGGCCCACACAUGAGCACAGUAAUCAUGGAGGGCCCACACAUGAGCACAGUAAUCAUGGAGGGCCCACACAUGAGCAUAGUAAUCAUGGAGGGCCCACACAUGAGCACAGUAAUCAUGGAGGGCCCACACAUGAGCACAGUAAUCAUGGAGGGCCCACACAUGAGCACAGUAAUCAUGGAGGGCCCACACAUGAGCACAGUAAUCAUGGAGGGCCCCACACAUGAGCACAGUAAUCAUGGAGGGCCCAUACCUGUGCACAGUAAUCAUGGAGGGCCCAUACCUGUGCACAGUAAUCAUGGAGGGCCCACACAUGAGCACAGUAAUCAUGGAGGGCCCCACACAUGA